CCCAACACAUCGCCCUAUCCUCGCAACGUGGACUGCCCAUAGGCCCCAAACCGCCGCUGCCCUGCCCCUGGAGCUAUCGCGCUGCCGUGCCAGAGCCGUUAAGCUUUGUCGGCGCCCGUUGUGCCCUGCCGCUCCUUUUCCUGGUCCUCCCGCCCCAGUUCUCAGUCCCUCAUCCGGGAAGUAUCUGCCAAACAGACCGCCACGCACCUCCAUCCACCCCUCCGCGACGGCCUAACCAAUGUCGAUUCCAUGUCACCCGCCUCGAACGCCCCGGAAAAUACCUCACACCCUGCGGUGAGGUCAAAUAAUGCGUUGCACAACCCGGACCAUGCACCCUCCCACCGUCUUCAAGACUCUACAGAGGUGACACCAAAGAGCCUCGCUGCGACGGGCCGCUCUAAGACCGCCCCGAUUGCGCUCGACCGCCUGUGGACGCCGUCGGUUGAUCAGCCUCAACUCUCGGAACGCGACAGCAUCUUCGCGACGACGUACCUAGGCUCUGACAGUCCCUCGUCCUCUCCACGCUUCACGUCCCGCUUGGAAGGCACCAUCUACAAUGCCCCCGACCAUGGCCUAUCAGACAUGGCAGUGUCAGCGGUUCCCUGUAGGACACUGACGGAGGCCCCUCUCCUUCGCCAGCGCAACCCUCCGUGCCAUACAUCCCUCCAAGACCACCAGAGCCUCCUCGCAACCCAAUUCAAUCCAAGCAGGCACGGCGGUGCCGACAUGGACUCCGCCAGUGUCCACCACGGUCCACCCCCUUUCAUGAGUCCGGUUGACUCGCCUCUCCAUCGUCCUUCUACACCUCAACGGCCCGACUCGCACUCCAGCAGCAGAUCGUUACAUGGCACGUUGGUGGAAAGCGAGGAGCGAUUGCGCUACAGGUCGUGGAGGGAAGGAAAGGCUACACUUAACGACGGCAGUGGCGUCCUCCAAAAUCUCGGCCGUGAUCGUUCACACGUUGACAAGAAGAUCGAGGCAACCCUCCCCAAGGCCGAGCAGCUAGUGGCCGCCAGAAGUCGGAAGGCAAGUCACUAUCUUCGGGUGUUCAAGGAGAACGACGUGGCAGAAGAACAGAAGCGAAGAGAUGGCCGCACCAAAGAACGACGCGGGACUGAGAAGGGCACGCAGCCGUCUAAAGAGGAGGGUCUCUUGAAGCUGGGUGCAAUCUCCCCUGGGCCCAGUGAGGCCGGCCCUAAUUAUGGCUAUCUGCAAACACCAGAAUCCAAUAAGUACGCAUUCUCGCGCUCCUCCUCCGCAGCCAUCUCCCCCCACAAAGGCCCCAUUGAGUCUUACUUUGAGCCCGCGCCGAAUCGCGGUAGCGAUGCCCAGAAAGUUACUGAACCAAACGUCGAGGAGACUAUGCGGGCGAUUAUGGAGAGGGGCAACAAGCAUGAAUUUCCGUUGCGGCUACUAGACGAGAUCAAAAGCUACCACAACCUCACCCCUGGUGCUGACCGAGGAUCCUCAUUUUCUAAGAGUCUACCUACCGCAGCUUUCGAACGACUCCGUGGACAGACUUGUAAAUCACGGCCAGCCUCGCAAGUUCGCGAGCCUGCUGAUUACUUCGAUGCCCGAGGAGACGAAACAGCAGAGCGUUCACCGGUUUCUGAAGAAGACGAGUCUGAAAAGGAGCAAAUCUCGUCUGCCCUAUAUUUUCCUCAUCGCCAAUUUGCGUCCCCAGAGCAGAUUCCCCCAGAAGAAGAGAUACGAAAAACAGAGGUUGAGAGUGUUCGGAAACGGAAGUCAAUCCAUGUAGGCAAGCUACCUAAAGGCUGGGCCGAGGAAAAGGUAGUGAAGACUCCUCACGAGGUAGAAAUUUCUCUACAGUCUCAAGAUACGAACCAAUGUCUCCAUGGUGAUAUUCCGGCUUCAGCCACUGUGCCCGAAGAAGACAAGCAGACGUUUACUUCACCAUCCGAGACAGUCACUUCGGCCGAAUCUGGCUAUGAGUCUUUGGCAGAAUCAUCGCACUCUCUUCGUGGAUAUGAGUCCAGUGCAACUGAUGAUCUAGGUACAACGCCGACAGCGACGUCGCAUAGAAAGGAAACCAAGCCACCGCCCGUCCCUCAACCCCCUGCCCCUCUCGGUGCAGUCGAACUCAAACCCUACGAUCACCAGGUUGGCGGCCACACAACUGUUUACCGCUUUUCUAGGAGGGCCGUCUGCAAGCAGCUCAACAACCGAGAGAAUGAGUUUUACGAGACAGUGGAGCGGCACCAUCCAGAGUUGCUAGAAUUCUUGCCAAGGUAUAUCGGUGUUCUCAAUGUCACGUAUCGCAAAGCGCCAAAACGAAAGAAGACCAACAAAGACAAGCCAAAGACGGAUGUUGGCAAUUCUGAAUCAGCGUCCAACGCUGAUCCCAUGUCUUCAAGGCAGGUCUCAGGGCCGCCAAACCAAUCCAGUAUGCCCGAAGAACUCCCCAGGAUGGUUAGUCACUCUCAACACAACAUGCCUGUGCCCCAGGUCAUCUUUGAGAACAACCGGCACAUUAUACCCGAUAAUCUCUUCCGGGUGCCGCCUCGCUCUGCUACUCCCGACCCGUGGAUGACAAAUUCGUCAUUACCAUCACAAUACCAUCGAAGAAAUCAAAGUGACAUUGGCUUCACCUCGGAGAAAAGCCCGACGCGACCACCAAUGCAUCAGCAUACCAGUUGGGGUGUAACGACGAUCAACACUAAGUUGCAAGAAGAGGUGCUGCGCAUGGUCUUUGCUCCCCCUCCUAUUCAUCAUCGUCAUCGUCAUGGACACCAUCAUCAUAGUAUUUCCUCGAAGAUGAGAACAGACUCACAAGGCAUUGUGGGAUCGGCACCGUCAAUAAGGAGAAAUAGCACGGAUGUCUCUGAGCUGCAUGUGCCGUUCACGGAGGAAUCCACUCGAAAGCAAGUGCUCAAGGCCGAAGCUCAGCGCCAGCUAUCUGUGGGUAGUGCUCGGCACGCUGGUGGCCGGGCAAUAUCCGACUCGUCCAGUUACGUAAGCAACGACGAAUAUCGGCCGUCAUCUUCCCCUUCUACACUUCCACGGCGCCGUCAUUCGGGUGGUGGACUCACACGUAGACCUUGUAGUGUAGAAUCUAGUCGAAGAAGCAAUCUAGAGUUUUACGAAGAGGCAUAUGGGGGAGACGGCGAGGAGGAGGUGUUUGCAAUGGAUGAAGAGACUAAGACCCCAUCUCAGGCGAAUGGCUCUAUCAACGGCCAAUCUUCGAGAGGUGACAGAAGUGUUGGGCAACGUCCCUCAGGAGCUGGUUCUGUUGAUAGCAUGCUACCAGCGCCCGUGGUUCCGAAGCCGAAGUCGGUCCCCCUCGCCUCUCAAGAGCCAGUCAAUCCCGAACAAGCCCAGCAGCAACCUGACGAACGUGUCCAACACUUCCUUCUUCUUGAGGAUCUUACGGCAGGUAUGUCCAAACCAUGCGUUCUCGACCUCAAAAUGGGAACGCGGCAGUACGGUGUUGAAGCGGACGAGAAGAAGCAACGUUCACAACGCCGCAAGUGCCAGAUGACAACGAGCCGCGAACUUGGUGUCAGGGUCUGUGGAAUGCAGAUCUGGAAUGUUAAGACGCAGAGCUACGUGUUUGAAGACAAGUACUUCGGUCGCGAUCUGAAAGCUGGAAAGGAGUUUCAGGAUGCAUUGAAACGAUUCUUCUUUGAUGGAAAUGGAUACAAGGCCGCCGUUCGACAUAUUCCUAUCAUUCUCGAGAAGAUCAGUAUACUGGAAGGUAUGAUUAGAAGGCUGCCUGGAUACCGCUUCUACGCUAGCAGCCUCCUCAUGCUGUAUGAUCGCGGCGAUGGGUUUGAGAAGGACAAAGAGACUCCGACACUACUAAAUGGCAUUUCAAACUCGAAUCGAGAAGACAUAUUAGGUGUCCCAUCUUCUGGUCCUCCAUCGAACGCUACAUCCAACCCUAAUAGACCUUCCGAGAUCAAGCUCAAAAUUGUAGACUUUGCAAAUUGCGUUACAGCUGAAGAUCCUCUUCCCGAAGUCGUGCCUUGCCCACCAAGAGACCCAGAUGGCGUUGACCGGGGUUACCUCCGUGGCUUGAGGUCACUGAGGCUCUAUUUCCAGCGCAUCUGGAAAGAUAUUAACGAGAAAGAGUGGGUUGAGCGUGGAGAGGGUGAGGGAAUGGCCAUGGAUACACGUGGGCCCGGGCUCGGUGAGGUCGGGAAAGGAUGGGAAGAUGCACCGGGAGGCGACGAGGGGGGUUACGUCAGUAUUUAAAUAAGUGCUGCCUCCCUUCAAGCCAC